CAUCAACAUGGCGACUCCUAUUCACAAGCUUCAGGUUGCGACAAUGGAAAAACUUUGUUAUUCUUUUGCUAGGUGAUGUUUAAUAAACUACGAUUGCAGCGACUAUUUCAAGCAAUACGUAUAAGAUGUUUCACAGACUAGAAAAAGGCUUGAACAUUUGUUUAGAAGCCACGAAUUUUUGGAUGGAGGAUGAUUAGUCAGUUAGCUAGUCCAUAGUAAUAACCGGUCUGUUGCUUGUAAACAUAAAGACUGAUUCUACAUGUAGAGGUUUGUGAAAAUGUUGAGCUUUCUUACAGCCAGAAAAACAGGUGUGGACGAUCCUGUGCGUUUAAGACGAGCAGAAUCAACAAGAAGGGUACUGAGUUUGGAGUUAAAUCACGACAGAGAUGUGGAACGAAUUCACGGGAAUGGAGUGAACUGUAUUGACAUCGAAGUAAUUGAAGGGAGAUAUAUGUUAUCAGGUGGUUCUGAUGGUGUAAUUGUGAUUUACGACCUUGAAAACAGCUGCAAGAAGUCACAUUACACUUGUAAAGCAGUUUGCACUGUAGGCAGGUCAAAUCGUCAUGUGCACAAGUUCAGCGUGGAGACGGUUCAGUGGUAUCCGUAUGACACUGGCAUGUUUGUAUCCAGCUCAUUUGACAAAAGCCUGAAAGUUUGGGACACAGAAACUCUCAAGCCAGCUGAUGUGUUCCAGUUUGAUGGGAAUGUCUACUGCCACCACAUGUCUCCUAUUGCCAGGAAACACAGUCUCAUAGCAGUUGGUACCAAAGACCCAAAAGUUCAACUGUGUGAUCUGAAGUCUGGUUCUCGAAUCCACAUUCUGCAAGGUCACAGAGGAGAGAUUCUCUCUGUCCAGUGGUCUCCGCGCUACGAGCACAUCCUGGCCACUGCUAGCACUGAUGGCAGGGUAUGUAUGUGGGAUGUUCGGCGAGCUGCCGGAAGCCUCUUUACUUUAGAUCAGUACAAUGGGGACAAGUCUAAAGCGUCAUCUGAGGCAGUGAACACGGCCCAUAAUGGACGUGUAAACGGCUUGUGCUUCACUGACGAUGGCCUUUACCUCCUGACCACUGGCACAGACGACCGCAUGCGCCUUUGGAACAGUGCCACAGGCCACAACACACUGGUAAACUACGGGAAGGUGGUUAAUGAGAGUCGGAAAGGUGUGAAGUUCACUGUGUCCAGAGGCUGCAACCCGGAGUUUGUGUUUGUACCAUGUGGCAGCUCAGUUGCAGUGUACAGCCUUUACACAGGGAAACUUGUGACAACAUUAAGGGGCCAUUACAAUAAUGUAGACUGCUGUGAGUUCCAUCCAGACUAUCAGGAGCUCUACAGUGGUGGGAAAGACUGUAAUAUCUUGGCGUGGGUUCCUGUGCUGCGCCAACCUGAUGUAGAAGAUGAGGGUAAAAAGGCAGAGAUGGCUUUCAAUCAGCUAACCUCCACCGCUGUGCAGCUAUAUGAUGAGUGGAUCAAAGGCGCAGACCCCAGGACUGAAGACUGGCUGCUCAUGUCGUCUCCGCUGCCUCAGACUAUCAUCAUUAGUGCCUAUAUCUAUUUUGUGAUGUCACUGGGGCCCAGACUGAUGGAAAACAAGAAACCGUUUGAUUUGAAGAAGGUUCUCAUGAUCUACAACUUCAGCGUGGUGGCUCUCUCUCUCUAUAUGUGUUAUGAGUUUGUGAUGUCUGGCUGGGGCACAGGCUACUCAUUUGGCUGUGAUCUGGUGGAUUACUCCCACUCUCCACAGGCUAUGAGGAUGGCACACACAUGCUGGCUGUACUAUUUUUCCAAAUUUAUUGAAAUGCUGGACACAGUGUUCUUUGUGCUGAGGAAAAAGAAUAACCAGAUCAGUUUCCUGCAUGUCUUCCAUCACUCUAUAAUGCCAUUCACAUGGUGGUUUGGUGUCAGGUUUGCUGCAGGUGGCCUGGGAACAUUCCACGCCCUUCUGAACUGCAUAGUCCAUGUCAUAAUGUACAUAUACUAUGGCCUGUCAGCACUGGGACCUGCUUAUGAGAAGUUUCUCUGGUGGAAGAAGCACCUGACGACUAUACAGCUAACGCAGUUUGUGAUCGUCACCACUCACAUUGGUCAGUACUUCUUCAUGAAGGAUUGCCCCUAUCAGUACCCCAUCUUUGUUUACAUCAUCGGCCUCUACGGCUUGGUCUUUAUCUGCCUGUUCCUCAACUUCUGGUAUCACGCAUACACCAAGGGCAAGAGGCUUCCCAAAGUUCUCCGGAGUACAGACAAGGUCCAGAACAACAACAGCAUCUCCCUCAGCAAACACGAUUAACCUCAUUUAGGGACUGUUCGAAAUGACAAUCUGACUCGUAUGGAGUUCUUGAGCGCUGCUGUUUUCUGGCCUACUGUACUUUUUAUAUUUGGAAUAUUUAUAUUUGUGAGAAGUCAUCUAUGGCACAAAUAAUUACUACAGAUCUAAAAUUGCUUUAAAAAACACGACAGAGACGAAUCUAACUUCAAAUUUAGCUGAAUGAAUGCCUAAGUUCAAAAUCAACUUUAUUACACUACCAGUCAAAAGUUUGGACACACCUUUUAAUUCAAUGUUUUUUGUUUAGGGAUUUAUUUUCUACAUUCUAGAACAAUACUGGAGAUUUCAAAACUAUGAAAUAACACACAUGGACUUAAGUAAUCCAUAUGUAAUGACAAGAAAAAAAAGUCAGUUGUUAUUUUAAUACACGAAGGUCAGGUGUUCUGGAAUAGUUCUUGCAAGAACAGUAUUGUCAAGUGCAUUUGCAAAACCCAUCAAGCACCAUGAUGAAACUGGCUCACAUGAAGACCAUCCCAGUAAAGCAAGACCAAAACUUACCUCUGCUUCAGAGGGGAAGAUCAUUUAGAGUUACCAGCCUCAGAAAUCUCCAAUUAACAGCACCUCAGAUUAGAGCCGUUAUGACGGCUUUACAGAGCAUCAGUAGCAGACAUAUCUCAAUAUCAACUGUUCAAAGGACAUUAUUGUGUAUUUCGGCCGCCUUCAGCAUUGUUUUACAAUGUAGGAAGAAAUAAACAUCAGGAAAGACCAUGGAAUUAGAAGGUGUGUCCAAACUUUUGACUGGUAGUGUAUGUUGCUGUUUCAUGUCACUAACACUACAUAUGAAAGCACAUCAGCUGAAAACUGGAUUCCUGAAGUCUUAGCUUUGACUGGCAUAUUUAAUCUUUUCUUACUUUCUUUUUAGAAUAGCUGAACAUUUUAAUACUUUCUGUGUAGUUCCUUUAACAUUGGAUAAAAGCCAAAUUAACCCCGCUUUAAAGUCCCAGCUUUGCAUUUAGCCGAUCAUCUUAAAACCUCGUUCCAUAACUGUUAGGAGUUAACAGGAAUGGUCUGUAGUUCCAAAAAUCAGAAAUUUAAGUCUGGAUUCAUCAACAGGUUCUGAGAGUUUAAAUGACUAAUUCAUAGUACAUGUCCCUAGCCAGGCAUUAAAGACCCCCAGUGCCUUAACUGUUUGUAUCUCCUACAUUCCCUGGCCUUUCUCCUCAGCUCUAGAACACAUGCUGAUCUACGCAUACAGUCUAGUUAUUUGCCUACAACUCCAAAACUUUUGCAAUAAAUUCAGUCUUAGAGAAGUACAGGACAAUGUGAAUGUCCCUGAAGGAGCCAGUGCAUUUAUCUGAACCUCUGAGUAAGUACUGAUCUUGGAUCAGAUCUUGUCUGACCAUUUGAUAUAUGGAUAGGAAGGCGAAAGACAAAUCCAGGACCAGAGCACUUAUCUGAGAAGUUUAAUACGUGCUAAUAGAGGUUCAGGUAAAACUGCACUAUUGGUGAUAUGGGACAGGACCAACAAGACGUCAGCAUGUCUCCUAAUAGAGGUGACGAGGAAGGCAUUAUGCAGAUUAAGUGCUCAUUUUAUUUUAGUACUGUCAUGAUUGUCCUUGUUUAGGACAGGAGUCCACAUUCCGAUUUUUAUACAUGUGAAUUUGAGUAUGUGAAAUCGAAUAUGUGAACUGAAUGUUUUAAUAUGUAUAUUUAUAAAGAAAUAAAUACUUUUCACUGGUAA